GAGCUUUCGCACACCGCCGCUGCGAGCGCUCCAGUCAGAUUUGGUUGUGGUUAGACAGGCCGUUCGGUGUGUUGAACGAGUGUUAAUCUCUAGUUCUUCGCACAUUUCCAGUCUUUCCGUAGUAUUUUACACUCACUACGUCACAAUGAGUACUAUUGGAGCUGGUUAUGAUUUGUCAGCAUCUCAGUUCUCACCUGAUGGGCGUGUUUUCCAAGUGGAAUAUGCUCAAAAGGCAGUCGAGAACAGCGGUACGGUCAUUGCCCUCCGAGGGAAGGAUUGUGUUGUAUUGGCCGUAGAGAAACUUGUCACAUCAAAACUAUAUGAAGCAGGCUCUAACCGUAGAGUUUUCAAUGUAGACAAACAUAUUGGCAUGGCUGUAUCAGGUCUAAUUUCUGAUGCACGUCAGAUUGUGGAAACCGCCAGAGCUGAAUGUGCAAACUACCGUUCACAGUACGGAACUAACAUUCCUCUUAAAUAUUUGAAUGAAAGAGUGUCAAUGUUUAUGCACGCCUACACCCUGUACAGUGCUGUCCGUCCUUUCGGCUGUAGUGUUGUUUUAGCUGCUUAUGAAGCUGAUGGUCCUCAAAUGUACAUGAUUGAUCCCUCAGGAGUGUCUUAUGGAUACUAUGGUUGUGCAGUUGGUAAAGCCAAGCAGUCUGCCAAGACUGAGAUUGAGAAACUUACAUUGAAGGACAUGACCUCUGAUCAGCUUGUCAAGGAAGCUGCAAAAAUCAUCUACCAAGUCCAUGACGAACUCAAGGACAAGGAGUUUGAACUUGAACUCAGCUGGGUUGGCAAGAACACCAAAGGAAUUCACGAGAGGGUGUCUGACGCAGUGCUCCAGGAGGCAGAGAAGAGUGCUAAAGCCGCCAUGGAAGAUGAUUCAGACUCAGAAACUGAAGAUAUGUGAUGUGUGUCUUAGAUGGUAUUGAUAAUUUCCCUCACAAUUUAUUGUAUUGAAUAGGGUCUCUAGUGAUUAACAACUGAGAUGCAACAAGUUAUUCUUGACAUAAAAAUGUAUUGCCUUUGAUAGGCAGUUAUAAGCACUGAUCCGCAUCAAGAAAACAACGUUGAUGAUAAUUUUUAUAAUAAUAAAUACAGUGUAAAAUCA